AUGCCACUGUCGCCGGGGACUGCGGAUAUGCCAGUGGUCCGUGCAUCCGCUGACGACACUCUCACAUUCCCGCGGGAGGUCGAGCGUAUCUGGAAGCGCGGAUUCAGCACGCCGGUUAUAUUGUUCUAUCUCGUCAGGUAUACGGCGAUGAUGAGCGCGCUGAUCAUAAUUCUGGACUUGGCUGGUUGGAGGGGAAGAUCUGACAGCGUAAUCUCCUUGCGUGUCUACACGUUCGUGGAAUUGAACAUCCGCACGUCCCCAGUCCCGGCAUCAUGUGUGUUUGCAACGGAUGUGCCGGACACUGUAUAUGAAAACUGGAUCAUAGGUGCACGGUCGUCAGCCGUCCUUACGGAUCUGGUCGUGCUCGGUAUCACCAUCUGGAAAGCGCGGCCCGUUCAUGUUCAAGGUGUCAAGCUUGGUGUCAAAUGCACCAUGGUGAGCAUCCUGAUGAGAGACGGUGUGCUAUACUUCGGGGUACUCUUAAUCGCGAACCUCAUCGGUCUCACACUCGUCCGGUUCUUCGCCUCUAUCCAACCAAUAUACACCUGGAUAGCUAUGCUGACGGCAAUUAUGACCGCGCGCUUCAUCCUCGAUCUUCACGAGGCGGCAGAUCCACGCUUCGGCAGCUUGAGCACCGACGGCGGCAUCUCCGCCUUGAUUUUCCCAGACACAUCCAAGCACGCUCCGCACGUCAACCACGACGUUUCCCCGAGCAGCAGCACUGUGGGAACGGACUGGAUAGAUCAAAGCUCAGAAAACGGUAGUGUGGACGUCGGCGAGUGCGAUGACGCGGAGUGGGAGGUCCUUCGGAAUAAAAGUUAUCUGGCGUCUGGUACAAACGGCCGUACCGCCACGGCGUCGCAAUGCAAAGACAUCGAGUCCAUCAUCUGGAUACGAUGA